CAGGAGGAGGCGCUGCUGGCCGCCGCGGUUGCCUCCGCUGCUGGGCGCCUGGGCAGCUCCCGAGGGUUCUGCGGCCGCCAUGGACGAGCAGGCGGGUCCCGGUGUCUUCUUCAGCAACAACCACCCGGGCGCCGGCAGUGCCAAGGGUCUCGGGCCUCUGGCGGAGGCUGCCGCGGCCGGCGACGGAGCGGCUGCAGCGGGGGCGGCGCGAGCCCAAUACAGCCUCCCUGGGAUCCUGCACUUCCUGCAGCAUGAGUGGGCCCGCUUCGAGGUUGAGAGAGCCCAGUGGGAGGUGGAGCGGGCGGAGCUGCAGGCCCAGAUUGCUUUCCUUCAGGGGGAAAGAAAGGGUCAAGAAAUUUUGAAGAAGGAUCUUGUGAGGAGGAUCAAAAUGCUGGAGUAUGCUCUUAAACAGGAAAGAGCCAAAUACCACAAGUUGAAAUAUGGGACAGAAUUGAAUCAGGGAGAUAUGAAGCCUCCAAGCUAUGAUUCUGAUGAAGGUAAUGAAACAGAGGUACAGCCACAGCAAAACAGCCAGUUAAUGUGGAAACAAGGUCGACAACUACUCAGACAGUAUCUACAGGAGGUGGGUUACACAGAUACCAUUCUAGAUGUGAAAUCUAAACGAGUGCGAGCUUUGUUGGGCUUUUCAAGUGAUGUCACUGACAGGGAAGAUGACAAAAAUCAGGAUUCAGUUAUAAAUGGCACAGAGGCCGAAGUUAAAGAGACGGCAAUGAUUGGAAAAUCCGAGUUAACAGAUUCUGCCUCCGUGCUGGAUAAUUUCAAAUUCCUUGAAAGUGCAGCUGCAGAUUUCAGUGAUGAAGAUGAAGAUGAUGACAUUGAUGGAAGAGAGAAAAGCAUCAUUGAUACUUCAACAAUUGUUAGGAAAAAAGCAUUACCUGAUAGCAGUGAAGAUCGAGAUACAAAAGAAGCUCUAAAGGAAUUUGACUUCUUGGUUACAUCAGAGGAAGGAGACAAUGAGUCUAGAAGUGCAGGCGAUGGAACAGAAUGGGAAAAGGAAGACCAGUGUCUCAUGCCUGAAGCCUGGAAUGUGGACCAGGGAGUAAUUACCAAACUCAAGGAACAAUACAAAAAGGAGAGAAAGGGGAAAAAGGGGGUGAAGAGGCCCAAUAGGUCAAAACUACAAGAUAUGCUUGCUAAUUUGAGAGAUGUUGAUGAACUUCCCUCAUUGCAGCCAUCUGUGGGUUCACCUUCCAGGCCCACCAGCUCCAGGCUUCCUGAACACGAAAUAAAUAGGGCAGAUGAAGUGGAAGCACUGACCUUUCCUCCUUCUUCUGGGAAGUCCUUUAUCAUGGGAGCAGAUGAAGCCCUUGAAAGUGAACUGGGACUUGGAGAAUUGGCAGGCCUUACGGUGGCCAAUGAAGCAGAUUCACUAACUUAUGAUAUAGCAAACAAUAAAGAUGCACUGAGGAAGACAUGGAACCCUAAGUUUACAUUACGAAGUCACUUUGAUGGCAUUCGAGCCCUUGCUUUCCACCCCAUUGAGCCUGUUUUGAUAACAGCAUCAGAGGAUCACACACUGAAAAUGUGGAAUUUGCAGAAAACAGCCCCAGCCAAAAAGAGUACUUCUCUUGAUGUGGAGCCUAUCUAUACAUUCAGGGCUCAUAAAGGUCCAGUGCUUUGUGUGGUAAUGAGCAGCAGUGGUGAGCAGUGUUACAGUGGUGGUGCUGACGGACUGAUCCAGGGCUGGAAUACCACCAAUCCCAACAUCGAUCCCUAUGACUCCUAUGAUCCUUCUGUGUUAAGAGGCCCUCUCCUCGGCCACACCGAUGCCGUCUGGGGCUUGGCUUACAGUGCAGCCCAUCAGCGCUUGUUGUCGUGCUCAGCAGACGGCACUCUCCGUUUAUGGAAUACAGCUGAGGUUGCUCCAGCCCUAAGUGUAUUUAACGAUAAUCAAGAAUUGGGAAUCCCUGCCUCUGUGGAUCUAGUGAGCAGUGACCCAAGCCAUAUGGUAGCAUCAUUCAGCAAAGGAUAUACAAGCAUCUUUAACAUGGAAACGCAACAGCGCAUUCUCACUUUAGAAUCCAACCUAGAUUCAACAGCCAACUCUUCCUGCCAAAUAAAUAGAGUCAUCAGCCAUCCCACUCUUCCCAUCAGCAUCACUGCUCAUGAAGACAGGCACAUCAAAUUCUAUGAUAACAAUACAGGCAAACUCAUCCACUCCAUGGUAGCCCACCUAGAAGCUGUUACAAGUCUAGCAGUUGAUCCUAAUGGCUUAUACUUGAUGUCUGGGAGUCAUGACUGUUCAAUACGUUUAUGGAACCUAGAAAGUAAAACGUGUAUCCAAGAGUUUACAGCUCAUCGGAAAAAGUUUGAAGAAUCCAUUCAUGAUGUAGCUUUCCACCCAUCCAAAUGCUAUAUAGCCAGUGCUGGGGCUGAUGCACUGGCUAAAGUCUUUGUAUGACACAAUGCAUCAUCUUCACCUUCUAGCUCUUUAUAAAUAAUCAACUGCACAAAAGAGAUACAGAAGACCAGGGCAAGAAUCAGCCUAUCCUGCCCUUUUGUUCUGCUGAAGGAGCACAGAGAACAUUUGUUAAAGUAUAGUUUUGCAAUUCGUAUACUGUUUUCUAAAACUAAGGUUUGUUCAGGUUGCUGCAAGCUCAGCUGAAUCUGUGAGCCUGAAAACUGUUUCAAAUUUUCCCCCAAAUAGGAGCUUUUAUUUCUGAGGUUGUUCUAAUUCGCUAGGCAGGCCUGAGCGAACGUAAGUUUGGCUUGUCCCUGUUGAGUAAAUAGGGCAUGCUAUAAGGGAUAAUUAAAAAGCUUGAUGACUGGGAAUGAGUAGAGGAAGAACAGAAAUUUAGACCUAGUUCUCCCCUGAGAAAUCUUGUUAAACACAUUACACAAGUAAUCUUGACCAUAUCUGCUGUACUAACCCCUAUGUGCAUAAUGACCAGGCAGUGUUCAAAUGAGUUUUUAAUUUAGCUCUCCUUUCAUCUGUGCACAUAAAGCACCUGGCAAAGCGUUUUACCUAUUAAGGGGGAAAAAAAAGGAAAUGCAAUAAUAUGUUAAAUAUAUUAUUAUUCAGAAAUACUAAACAAAUAUUUAGUUUGUAAGCAGAUUUCUAUAUUGUAUUACAUUUUUGAAAAUAGAUUUGGUACCAUUGUAAAGUUUAGCUGUCAAAAAGAGUUACCAUUAUGAAUAGUUGAUAGAGUCUGCUUUUACUAAAGGAUUUAACUUAUUCAGGUUUGAGAUUGUUUAUUUUUAAGGGCAAGCAGGGCAUAUCUUUAUAAUAAUUUCUGUUAAUUUUAAAAAUUCACUUUAUUCAUGUGAUAUUUAUAGUAUCAGAGUGGUUAUCUCAUAUCAGUGAAAUCUUACCUUUCAGUGGUUUGAAAAGACGGAAGUUAUCUGUGAGUACUCAUUUGUCACAACCCACAUACCAUGCUUCAGAUGACCUCUUGCUCUUUCUUUGUCUCUCACAUUCAAAUUAUCUGACAUCUACCAAAACAGUUUGUAAUUAUUAUGUUUUAACAGCCCAAAGGGUUUGGUUAAUGUCAGAUACCUGCUUUUGCAGUAAAGCCAACUAUUUUGUACCCCAGAAGUCCUCCAUUAAUAUAUCCAAGAAUGGGAGCCCCCCUGGAAAUCUGGAUGGAAGAGUUCAGUGCAUAACCUUGGCUAAAGAGUUCUCUUUCUCUUUCCCUGCCCCUACCCCUCCUCCAUUCUUUAACUGGAAUACAUAGCAUGUUUUAAUAGACAGUGUAUCGAUACCGUUUCUGGGGAAAACUGUCAUAAAGGACCAGGCUUCCCUGAGCUCACCUAGCCUGUGACCCACAUGUGGUCAGCUCUUGGUAUUCCCAUGACCCCACUCUUUGGACCUAAUGUAUAGACUUCAUCCCUACAACUGUCUCACCUGUCUUCACACUCUCGUUUGCCCCAAAUGUCAGAGACCAAUGUAGAAAUUAGAAAUAAAUUACUAAUGCCCAACGUUUCAGCAAAAUGUAUGUAUGAUAGUUCUCAGAUUUUAAAAAUACAUAUCCACAAAUAUUUUAAUCUUUUAAUAAAGUUACUACAUUCCUCUCCCCACAUAGUCCAUUGUCAUAACAACGACACCUCUGAUGAUAUGUGUAUCUACUCCUUGAAAACGUAUUCUGGUGGUGAUAUGGAUAGUAAUUGACAAUUUUUCUUUAAAAUUUCUGUUUUCUGCCUCUCAGAGUUUUGAAGUAUACAGGCAAAUUUUCUUUAAAGAUGUGUGCUAGGUUUGCCUGAUUGAUAUACAGAUAUGCUUUAGUAUUUUGACUCAGCUACCUUUUCAUUUCAUCUGUGCUUUGGUUAACAGUGGGCCCAAGGGACUCCUUUGUAUAAUCAAAUGAAUUGACCUGGACUUGAGCUACCAGGUGAACAUUUAUAUUAUUCCCAUGCAGAUAAAGAAUUACACAUUUUGUUUGGUGCAUUCCUCUUUUGGUUCUUCAAUGAGUGAAAAAAUGGUGUUGCUGACCUAACAUUCAUAGAGGGAUACUGGAAAAUUCCAGUCAGGUGCCCUUACUUGGCAUAUUUAUGACAGAUUAAGCUAUUGUUCUACCAGUUACUGCUUUAAUUACCUCUCAAGGUCUUCAGUGCCUGCUUUACUUAUGCCACUGAAAUUCUCAAAACCAAGACAUUCUCUUCCCCUGCAUUUUAUACCUCAUGGUUGAAAUUUUUCUGUUAGUGAGUGGAAAAUGACCAUGAGAAAGGUAGACUGUAGUGCAAAUGUUGGAACUGUUGAAAGUUCUUUAGCAAGCCAGUGCGUGCCAUUGGAAACUGUACACAGAAACAGAGAUUUUUCUCCACUAGCACUGUGUGAUCUCAGCCCAGAAAUGAGCCAAAGCUGUCUUCCAACCAGAUAGAAGCAUAGACAUGCGUCUGAUUCCCCCCCCCCAGCCUACAGAAAAUUUAAUGAACAUCCGCAAUAUGAACAAAUUCAAGAUUCAAACAGUCAUUGAAAUGCUUUCAUAGUGCUUGGUUUGUAAAUAUUUUGGAUGAAAUAUAUUGGGAUAGUAUGAAAAUCAGCAGGAGAUGUGGGUCCCCUGCCCUAUUUUCAUAUGCUGUGGAUACAUCUCUGGGAGCUUGUAGCACCCUUCUCAAAACCCAGAUGUCAUAUGGAGCUCAUUUGCUACUCGAACCCUAGACAGAUAUUUAACAUAAGUGAUAUAAUGACCUUCAGUAUUUUUCUAUUGAACAAGUUUAGCAAUUUUUGCCAUUAAACAGAUAAUUAGUUAUGCAAAGUAUUUAGCUUUUAUAAUCAUUUUAGUUAUGACUAAAAGGGGGGAAAUUAUGCUGCAUCACUGAUAAUGAACUUUGUGAAAAAUUUUUUGUUUAUCUGACUUUCAUUCCUUCAGUAUUCUUGCUAUAAAUUUCUUUUGGAGAUAAUGAUAAAGAUUUAUUUGAAA